AUGAGAAGUAAAAGAAACUCAUCCAUGCAUGAUUUAGAAGUCGAUUUAAUGCCAGCCCAUCUCACAGCAAGAGAUAGCCCUCAUAUAAGCUCUAUCGCCCACAAGGAAACGCUUCUUUUUGACUCGAUUCGGCGAUCCUCUUUAAACCCAUCUGCAGAAAAAACGAUAAAGCAUGCUAGACACAAUUCAAUGAAAAUUUUACAGUCUCCAAGCGGUUCUAAUUGAGGAUCUGUUGAUAAUAAGACUUAUAAACCAACUCAUGUAAGAUCAGGGAGCGACUUAUCAUAUUUAAUAAUCCCCACUCGAUCCUCAGUGCCAUCGUCCCCUACUAGCUAUAAACUGGGACCUGGAUACUAUAACGUAUCAUUAAGCACUCUAGCAGGCCCUUCUUUCCAAUUUUCUACACUGUCAAGAUUUUCUAAUAAAGAUGCAUAUUUAUAUCUUCCAGCUAUAAAUAAGCAGCCGCCUAACGAAGCUACAAGAAAAGAAAAAUUCAAAGAAAUUAUUAGAGACAACAAAAACAUGUACAAAUAUAUCCCUGAAAAUCGGAUAAAAACUAUACAAGAAAGAGCAGUUGCUGAAUCAACAAGAAUAGUUGAAGCUAUACACAAAAAACAAGACAUUUUACUUACAAAAAAAUUAGAAAAAAUUUUAAAUUUUGAAAGCAAACAGCGAAGAUUUGAAUUUAAGCUAAAACGAGACGAAGUGACCAAGAUUUACAAAUCUUGAAUAGCCUUAAAUGUUGUCUUUGGUUGGGCUGCUGAUGCUAAUGUGAAAUAUUUGCACCGAAAAGAUUUACAUGAGAGAUCUCAAGGAGUCUUAAAGCAGCUAAUGAUCCUUUGUCUGGCAGUCGGGAAGUUCAAGAGGCUUCAUAAAAGAGUUAAAGUGAUACAAGCUAUCAGGACAUUUAGAAGAAUGAAGGCUCCUGCAGUAAAAUGGGUCAAAAAUAUCAAAAAUCAUCAUCGAUCAAGGAUAUGUGAGCUUGCCGAAAGAGCGCUGUCUAAAGACGUCAUGUUUAAUCUGAUGGCAGCUUUUAUCAGGACAGUCAUUUUUAUUCAGAGAACUAUGAGAUGCAUUGUAAAGCAGAGACAGCAAGGACUUAUGAUCAAACACUUAUUAUGGAAUAAAGUGGAGUAUAGAAUGUAUGUUGAGCACUGUGUGAAAAAGCAUACAUUGCCGAAGUCUGAACUUGAUAAAAGAAUCAGUUUCCAAGCAAUUCAAGGCCGUUCUUCUAUACCAGUUCCUGUAAAGGAAUUUGUAAUUAUUCAAUUUUGAACUAAAUUAAGCCAUAAAUUAUUUUUAAUGUAUGGCAUGAUUUUUUUUAACUUAUAAUUUGGCAUAGAAUAAACAAAAUUUAAAGCUGAGAAGAGACGCUUAUAUGGAGUCAUUAAAAAACUAUAAAAAAACAUGCCAACAGCUAAAGGAAAACUAUGAAAAAACUCGUUAUAAAAGAGAAGCAGAUGCAGCACUUUAUAGCCGAAAAGUUGAAGAAUUGCAGUUGCCAUCAAAACCACAACCGAGUUAUGUAUUUUCUGAGCAAGAUUUUAGAAAAAUGAUCAAUGAAACUGAGCAGAAAAGAGGUGAGUGGGAUGAAAUAAUAAAAAAAACACAGAAUAAAUAA